AUGGGUAACAAGCUGACGAAGUCACGAAAGAAGAUCGAUAGACCGACACCUGCCGUAUAUCCUAAUCAACCGGUGCGGCCGUUGAGGAGAUCAGUCGAGGGAAAUACAAGCGUUGUAUACUCUAAUUUUCCCCGAAUCGUUGCUGAGUUGCAUCAUUAUCGGGGUUCUGUAAGAAACCUAGAAGACGAAGAUGAAGAAGAUGAACAACCCAGAAGGUUUCACGAAGAGGUUCACUGUUGUGUUUUUUCGCCAGACGACGAAGCUCUGCUUUUGACGUCAACUACACCGAUUCCUUGUGGACCGUUUACCCCUGAUAUCGGAUGUGGCCAUUUAAGAGAAUUUGACAUCAACUCAGGGUCCUGCAAAAGGGAACUCCUCACUUACCACUCACAAGAGUGUGACAUCUCAUCCGACGGCAAUCUUGUAUCUUUCAUUACUAAUUCUGGACAAGGAGAAGUCGCGCUUGUCAAACGAAACCGAAGUUCGUAUGCUGAAAUCGCAGAGCGAGUGGAUAAAUUUCAACCUUGUUGCAAUGGAAUGACUGGUCAAACACUUUGCUGUAAGUUUUCACCAGAUGCUCGUCACAUUGUUAGCGCUGCUUCUCUUGAUUUUCACAGUAUGAGGGAGACCAACGAGUUGCGAUUGUGGAACGUGAAAUCCAUGCAGAUCGAGGCGAGAGUUGUUUUACGCGAUAUAACAGACUUCUGUGGCUUCGUUACCCGUUGUGAAUUUUCUCCGGAUGGUCAGUACCUCGCUGUCUCGACUUCCAAAGAACAACUGUGUAUCUUACGCAGCAAAAAUCUGGAUGUCGUGACCGUUUUAAGGAGAAGAUGCCGAGGAAAUAUGUGCUGGAGUAUUUUUAAUCCUGCGUGGAGAUUCGAGGUGCUUGCGUGUUGUAUGCAGGACGGUCGCGUGGAAAUCUGGAACAAGGUUGAAGUUCAUUCAAGUGCCCAUGCUGGAGAACUGCGCUAUGCGCGGGAGAAAGAACGUAAAGUAUCAUUUUCCCGACUGUUGCACUGCUGUCAGUAUUCUCCUGACGGGAAGAUGAUUGCUGUUGGAACGUCAGAUGCCAAUAUUAUUAUGCUUGGGGCUGAAACUCUGGAUUCACUGUUUUAUUUAGAAUGCAUAAAGGAACCUAGCCCUUUUGGUCUUAGGAUUCAAAAUACCAUUGUUUACUCCAUUGCUUUUUCUAAAUCCCAACAGUAUGUAGCAGCUGGUUAUAGUGAUAGUAUGGUUCGAGUUUGGGCCAUGCCCAUGAGAUUUGACUUGCAACAUUUGUGCAGAGUGGUGAUCUUGCACAGUGUGCCAGGAAAUAAAAUCAAUUCACUUCCAGUACCCAAUGGUAUCAAAAAUUACCUCUUAAACAAUUACGAAUGA